CACCCCAAUGGUCGCGCGGAGUGAGGAGUGCUCGCUUUAAUAAGGUCCUCACGUGACCCCCACUUGGCCUGCAGAGAAAUUAGAGUCGGGGGAGGGAGGGAGGGGGGGAGAGAGAGAGAGAGCGCCCCGGAGGGGGGAAUUUAAACCCCGCUCCCGAAGCUAAAGCCGACGUUCGAGCCCUCCUCGGGACAUCGGCCGGCGGAUGCGCCCGAAGAUUCUCUCGUAUGAGAAUUUUCUGCUUUAGAGCCUGUGCACCCAAGUGAUCUCUCUGCAAUGCUAGACGGUGAAAUGCGUGAUGGAGAACACCAUAAUCUGGAAAUAGUGAAGAACCAUACUCAGAAACUACAAGAUGAAUUACAAAAACUGGCAUUGAAAGUCAAACAUCACGAAGACAACAUGAAAUUUCUCAAAACUCAGAUGGAUAACAUUGAUGAAUCAAUUCUUGAUAUGCAAGUCAAUCUUGGAAAGUACCAUUCAUCAAGUGCAGCUUUGGAGCAAAACAAUGAUGUUUCUGCCAUGCAAAGUGAGCAGCAGACAGUGGGAAAGAUUUUGCAGCAGGAGAAAGCAGCAGCUGGCAUAAUAUGCCAGAUGAAAAUUCGUCAUGGGUUACAAGCAUCAAAGUUACAAUUGACAAAGGAUGUGCUUGGUAUUGUAGCUACACUUGGAAAAGUAAAUGAUGAUAACCUUAGUAGGCUUUUCUCGGAGUACUUGGGAUUGGAAACUAUGCUGGCUAUUGUUUGCAAGACAUAUGAGGGCAUUAAAGCCCUUGAAAAGUAUGAUAAAGAAGGCAUGAUUGACCAGAAUGCUGGUCUCCAUGGACUUGGGCCGUCUAUAGGGAGACUUCUGAAUGGAAGAUUUCUUGUCUUUUGUCUUGAAAACUUAAGACCAUAUAUUGGUGAAUUUGUACCUGAAGAUCCACAAAAGAAACUUGCUCUUUUGAAGCCAAGGCUACCUAAUGGGGAGAUUCCACGUGGCUUUAUAGGAUUUGCUGUAAACAUGAUAAAUGUGGACCAUAUGCACUUAUCUUGCCUCACACCCAAUGGGCAUGGCCUGAGGGAGACCCUAUUUUAUACCUUAUUUUCCCGCUUGCAAGUAUAUAAAACAAGAGCUGAUAUGCAAAGUGCUCUGCCUUGUGUAAGCGAUGGUGCCAUAUCUCUAGAUGGGGGAAUGAUCAAAAGCAGUGGUCUUUUUAACCUUGGUGAUAGGAAGGAUGUUGAGGUUAAAUUUCCAAUAAGUCCUGGGAUUUCAAAACCUGCAGAUGUCAUUGAAAUUGAGGAGAAACUCAAACUUAUGAACUGGCAAAAAGAAAGGCUUGAAGAAGAUGUCCAAAGAGAAGAAGCAUUACUAAACAAUGCAAAAAAUUUAUUCAACAUUCAAAAGCAAGAGCUUGUGAAGUACCUCGGCGAGACUGCAUCUCAUAUCAAACAGGUUUUGCCAUUGGUUUCUUCAAAAUUUGGGGGGAAAAAAAUCCAAGCAGAUGGUUGAGCUUUUUGUAUCCGGCACAAUCGAUGGCUGGCAGAACGGGGACAUUCCGACUUGAGCUCCUUCCCAACAUGACUUGAAGUUUGAGGCAUGUGGAGCAUCCUGAGCUGAUUCAGAAUUUCACAUGUUGGAUGGUGGUUGCUGGGUAGGGUGCUUCACAUGUCCUUAUUUGAUGCUUGUUGCAACAAGAAAGAACUGUUCUUUCAUAGGGUGCGAAUGAGUGUAACAGUGGGUAUGAAUGGAGAAGCUAGGUCCACUUUCUUCUAACAAACCUGGAAAAUGUUUAUGUAGCUUACGAAACCUUGGACUAAUCUGAGAAGUAGCAGAUAGGUCAUUUCUUGGCAAAAAAAGCCUAUGCCAGCUUCAUCGUCCAUAAUUUUACCAACCUACGGCUGGCAAGUUGAUUACUGCAAUUCUUCUGAAAAUGUUCUCUAGUGAAUACAAUAUGUCUGCUGCACCCUUUGUAAAGGAGGAUAUUCCACCCCUUGAUGAAUGUCUACCUGGUAACAAAUACACUUUGACAGGAGGUUUAAGUUCUGGUCUGAAUGGUUUUGCUUAGCUCAGGAUUUAGUUUUUCCCCCCUUUACAUGUAUUUGCAAAUAUUGGUUCUUGUUAGGCUUGUUUUGGUAUGCCUUCAUCCCCAAAUUAUAAUAGCUUUUAUUUUAGUGCAGUUGUUUGAAUUUUGGUUUCAUCACGUAUAGCAAGUAGAUACCAGGGAAGAAUGUUGUAUAUUUUCAUGCAGUCAAGGUUCCACCAUUUAUCUGAAUAUAUUAUCUUCAGACUUCUUCGAAAUAAUUAUCUUUAUGUAUCUCA